AUGACUAAUGCUCAAGAGUUGGGGCAAGAGGGUUUUAUGUGGGGCAUAUCCAAUUCUGAUGAUUCCGGAGGUGGUUGCAAAAGAAUCGAGAAAGAACCGCUUCCAUCACAUCCGUCUCAUCCGUCGCCAGAGAUCCAGACUACGACGGUUAAAAAGGGAAAAAAGAGAACGAAAAGAAAUGAUAAAAACCAUGAAGAAGAAUCACCUGAUCAUGAAAUACAUAUAUGGACCGAAAGAGAAAGGAGAAAGAAGAUGAGGGACAUGUUUUCUAAAUUACAUGCUUUGCUUCCCCAACUUCCUCCUAAGGCAGACAAAUCAACAAUUGUAGAUGAAGCAGUGAGUUCAAUCAAAUCCCUUGAACAAACUUUGCAAAAACUUGAAAUGCAAAAGCUUGAGAAGCUUCAGUAUUCUUCUGCCUCAACAAACACAACUCCUACUACAACUUUUGCUUAUGCUCCAUCAUCAUCCUCUUCUCCAACAGCUCUCCUCACACCAAUAUCAAACCAUCCCAUAGACGCCACCGCAACAGAUUCUUACCCUCGCGCAGCUUUCUUGGCCGAUCAGGUAUCUUCUUCCAGUGCCGCUGCUGCGAACCUGCCUUACCCUUGUAAUGAUCCGAUCGUGAAUUUCGAUACUUGGUCCUCACGUAACGUGGUGCUGACUAUCUGUGGGAAUGAAGCUUUCUUCAAUUUGUGUGUCCCUAAACACAAACCAGGGGUUUUCACUUCUGUUUGUUACUUGUUUGAGAAGUACAACAUGGAGGUUUUGUUUGCUAAUGUCUCCUCUAAUGUUUUCUGGAGCACCUACGUGAUCCAAGCACAGGUAAAUCCGAGUUGUGAGAAUCAGUUACUGGGAAAUGGUCUUGGAGUUGUAGACGUUUUCAAGCAAGUUUCUCAAGAACUGGUGUUAUAUUUUUCAUCUCUAUAAAUCAUAACUGGCUGCUUCGGUUUGAGUUUUAAGUAUUUUCAGGGUUUGUUUUCUUUGCGAAGUCCCAAGGCUUAUGCAGAGAGAUUAGCUUGGACUUUUCACUUUAAACCCCAUCAUCAGAAGGAAAGAAAGAAAAAAAAAGGAAUAAGAGAAGAUAUAUAGCUUCUUCGGACAUUGUUUUUUUCGCAAUUUUAAUUUUAUCUUCUUUAUCAAUGUAUUGGCAAAUGUUAUCAAAUGAGAUAUUUAAGUUC